GUCACAAACUCAGCCAAAUGUUUUGGAAAAAGUACAUUGGAUCACAAGAUAAUUCAAAAUGUGUUACAUUAAACAUGAAAAAAUGAUGGGGUCACUGAUUGCCAUCUCUGAAUUUACAAUUUCAAUUUGCUAUAGACAUGAGGCAUCUGCUGAUGUGAAUCAUUUUUCCUGAGUAUAAUUUUGUUUUGGUGCACAACAUAAAACCCCAAUAAAAUCCAUUAAAGAUUCUGUUUGUACCAUUAUGAAAUGGUAUCCCAGUUCUUAAUCAUUAGUGUACGAGUCCAACUGCAGACCACGUAUUCAAUCAGGUGCGUGUGGAGAUUUUGUGUGGUGUAAAAAUGUCCGAAGCAGAUUUAAGAGUCUUAUAUUUCCAUAUGUUUCUUCCACCUACUUUAGUCUGUUCACCUGUUAUUUAGCAAGAGGGAGAGUUUAUGGGUGCAGUGAGUUAUCUUCUGAAAAUUGUGGGUUCUAUUCCAGUUUCUUCCUGUCCAGUGUUGUUGUGCUCCAAGGCAAGGUACUAACCCCCAUCAGUCUGUGUACUGGUGUAUGAAUGAAGUGUGUGUGAAUGCGGCUCAAGUGUAAAGUACUCUCAGUGGUUGCUAUGACUAGAAAAGUCACAUAUAAAUUCAGUCCAUUUAUAUUCUGCAGUGUUUAAAACUUGUCCACAGAACUGAGAAAAAGACAGAGGUAAACUAGACAAAAGCUUCAGGUGAGCUCCAAAGCUUCCACUAAGACAGCAGUAGCGGUAACUAUUGUUUGCUGCAUUCAGUGUUCGUGUUUUCUUUUUUUUUUUAGAUGCUAAUCAUGCAAGAUGGGUGGGAUCUUAAAGUGUCCCUAUAGGGAGCUGCCUUGAGGAAUUUUAAUGAGCUUUAAUUGCUCUGCUGUUCCAUUGGGCCACAACAUUCACAUCAAGACUGAGCAGGUCUGAGGAUCAUUUCUACAGACGGGACAACUAGAUCAAGAACUGGGCAGAAUGGAAGUGAAGGUGUCUGUCAAAGGCAUCCCACGUGUUGUGUGUGGAGUUACAGAGGAGACAACGUGUCAAGACGUGGUGCUAGUGUUGGCUCAGUCCCUUGGGCAGCCAGGACGCUACACCUUGCGAGAGAAGUUCAAAGACUUUGAGCGGUGCAUGACUCCCGAUGAACGACUUCUGGAGACAUUGAAGAAGUACGGUGAGCAGGCCAAGGAGGUCCAGCUCAGUCUCCAACACAGUGGCCUCUCCGCUUGGGAUGAAAUGGGCAAAGUAAAAGUUGGCAGAUACCAGCCUUGUCCGCCACUGAGACGGAAAGACAUUGGGCCUAAAAUGCGGAGAGGGAGCGGCUCCCUAAGCUUGCACCGCCAAAGCUUGCCUCCAUUGACCUGUUUGAGAGAAGAGGCUGAGCAGAAGAAAGACACCCUGAAGACGCCUAGAAGAAAGUCUCUGACUCUCAUGGAGGAGGCCUGGGAAUGGCUGGAAAGUCUUGGCAAAGGAAAGGUCUACAGUACAACGUGUGACAAGCCAAGCAAGAAGAGGAUUGAUAAAAGGGGACGGGCCUCUUUGGAUUUGUCCCUUUUUGUCACAAAAGAACAUCAAGAUCAAAGCAGCAGAUGUACAGACAGAGGUCAGAAAAGUUCAAAAUCAGACUUUGACCAUCAAACAUCCUGCUGCAUCAGCAAUCAGACCAAGGAGAAAAGCAGGCGCUCAAAGAACACCCAAGAGGUAAAAUCUGACCUGAGCACCUCAAUCUGCGCAGUGGUAACCAAAGAUGAGAAAAAUCGCCUUAGAGACUCAAUCAUAUGUCAGCUGCUGUGCUUGCAGGAUUUACAAGUCCAGAUAACAAACACAGACAAACAGAUUUUGGACCUCGAGCAAAAGCAGAAAGCCAAAACAGCCAAAGAAGAAGUCCAAGAGAGGCUUGUGGCUGAGGAGAUGGAAUACAUCAACUUUUGGGAGAAUGAACUGAAAGCUGAGGAGAGUUACGAGAAAGAUUUGCAGCGUCAGUUCCUCGAGAUGAGAGCCAAUGUUGCAGAUUGCAAAGCUAAACUGGAGGAGUACAGGCGUAAAAUGCAGGGCUUGGAUUGUUUUGGCAAUCUGAAUGUUGCUCAAGAAGACCGGAGGGUUUUAAAAGCUCAUGAAAAAGUUGCAACCAAGAUGUCCGACAGCUCAAAAAAGGAAGAAAAUCUGGAAGGAUACGAGUCCAGUGUGGAAAGAAACAUCAACAGGAAGUUCCUGCCCAAAGAGCACAGCACCCCUCAUGCUCUAGUUCCUCCAAAUCAGAUAAGAGAGCGGCGGCCCACGGGACCCGCCGAGCUGAGGGAAUGGUGGAAGCGCUGGUCAGAAGCUCAAAAAGCUCAACCCCAGGAUGAAAGGAAGGUGAUCCACCGCUCUGAGCUCACCAUUUACCUGAGGAGUACCAAGGUUUAGGACCAGCUCACAACAAUUCAAACUCCCAUUUGUGACAUCUCCAUGAGAUCUCGAUCAGGACGUCUUCAAUGAACCAGAGCGAGAUUAUUCUGCUUUCACUGCUAUAAUACGGGUUCCUGUUUACACUCUAAAAGCUUUAUUUUCACUGCCAUUCUUCAUGCACCUGGAACUUUGUGCAUCACCAAACACAUAACUGAUUCUCUAAUUUUACUUGUGUGUACUUUGUAUCCAAUACUUUCUGAACCUGUUGAGUUACGGAUUAAAAGGAAUGAAUUUUAAAAAGACUGCUUUCUUGAUAAUACAAGUGUGGCAUUAAUAAGCCCCAGUUAAAGCUCAAAUGUCCAAAAAAUACAGCUGAUCACAAUUUAAACUACAUUCCCAUGU